CCGACAACUCUCGGCCAGCACAAGAAAGCCCUUAUUCGGUGUCCCCGCGACCGUUUUUGCGACGCCCAGCGUGCUUGGUGGCGUUUUCUGGCCCACGGUGUUAACCCACACCUAACGAAGUCCGAUCCGUGACAUCCACACCUUGUUGGCACCAGAUCUACAAACCCCAACACUUUCACCAUCGUUUUAAGGGGUGUUAAUAUUCAGGUGUUUUGGCGAAAAUGAUUACUGAAGCGGUCGAGAAUGGAGGAGGCGAUAUGGAAAUUGAUGGAUUCGAACAGAAGCCCGAGAAAGUUGUGCCCGAUGGGUUCGAUGUUAACUAUCUCAAGAUUUACUACGGAAAGCUUUUCCCGUAUACUGAUUUCUUCAAAUGGAUGUCUUAUGGAAAUGAUGGCAAGCAUCCAGGCAGUGACCAAUCCUAUUUUGGCCGGAGAGAGUUUUCAUUCACGUUGGAGAAUGAUAUAUAUCUACGAUACCAAUCUUUCAAUAACUUGUCCGAAAUGGAGAAUUCGAUCAAGGAAAAGUGUCCGUUUAAAAUUGAUAUUGGGCCUGUAUACAGCGUGGAUCUUGCAAAAAGACACGCAUAUGCUGGUGAUAAUGUAUUUACUCCAGUGGAGAGAGAGCUGAUUUUUGAUAUUGAUAUGACAGAUUAUGAUGAUGUUAGAUACUGUUGUUCAGGAGCUGAUGUUUGCUUGGAUUGCUGGCCUUUAAUGACUGCAGCUAUCAAAGUGAUUGAUACUACCCUCCGAGAUGACUUUGGAUUUAACCACAUACUCUGGGUAUUUAGUGGCCGACGUGGUGUUCACUGUUGGGUCUGUGAUGGCAAAGCAAGAAGGUUGUCUAAUGAACAGAGAGCUGCCAUCGCUGAACAUUUCCAUUUAUAUCAGGGUAAUGAAAACAGCCGCAAAAAAAUUUCUCUAACAGGUCCUGUUCUUCAUCCAUUUCUCGCGAGAUCAUACACUGAAGUUCUCAAGGAUAGCUUCGAAUCAACAUUGCUUUGUAGUCAAAAGAUUUUCUCAACUGAGGAGAGAUAUGAGAAAAUCUUAGAUAUGAUUCCUGAUGAAUCCGUUACCUCAGAACUUCGGGGAAGAUGGCAAGAGAACAGGCAGCCCUCUAAAAAAGAUGUUAAUUAUGUUAGAUGGGAGCAACUAAAAAGUAUGCUGCAAUCAGUAAAACAUAAGGCACAGGGAAUGCGUAGGCAUGUUGAAGAGAUUGUUUUCUCUUUUACCUACCCUAGGCUCGACUUGGAGGUUACUAAACAUACGAACCAUUUGUUAAAAGCACCAUUCUGUGUUCAUCCAAAAACAGGUCGUAUUUGUGUCCCUAUAAACCCCGAAAACUGUGACGAGUUUGAUCCUACUACUGUACCAACUCUUGCCCAGCUUCUAGAAGAACUCAAUGCUGCUGAUAUGAACGUAGAUGGUGAGUAUUCUCAAGAGAAAAAAAGACAGAAAGUAGAUGGUGAGACUGACUGGGAUAGAACCUCACUUGGGGAAUCCAUUAGGUUUUUCAGAUCAUCAUUCUUACAGCCACUGCUGAAAUCAUGCAAGGAGGAGAUAGAAUCUUCGUACAAUGCUAAAGUGCAACAGUCCAAAAAUCCUCUGAGUUGGUAGAGCUUUAUUAAGUAAGUGAUAAUAGGAAUGGUCUUUAGAGUGAUUAAUAGAAUAGCAAGGAUAUAUUAGUAAGUAAUUAGUUAGAGAAAUUUUUAACAUUAUUCAAGUAUUAAAAUUGCAGCCUAAAUAUAAUCAGAUAUGACCAAAUUAUGUUUAGGUUGGCUGUGUAUAUGUAAUGUUUGGCUACUAUAUUAACAUGGGGCUAACAUACUUGGCUGAUUAUGAGGCUGAUUUUUUGGGUUUUCUGUAAUGGAAUUGGAAAGGUGAUUAAUAUUUGAUGGUUUAAAGGCCCCACUUUCUACAAUAA